GUGGACAUCAUUUGCGGAACUGCUGUUUGAUGGGGAGUGAGCUAAACGGAGUGGAGAUUGCUGGGUUGAAGGGACAUUGGGUGGAUCAGAGUUGAUGACGGGAUGAAAGCGAGGGGCUGAGUGAAACUCACCCAAGAAAGACGAGCGUGAGAGUGAGGGAGAAAAGGUGAAGAAAGUGAAUAUGGUAGAGAGGACGAAGGAGUGUAGAGGGUCGAUGUCUUUGAAGGCCUUAUAUGUUCCGUAAUCCCACUCCCCAAAACCAUCCCUCUGUCAAUCCCCCUCCCCACUCCCAUUUCUCCACUCUAUAUCUCUCCAGUGCCAACCACAACAUCUUGCAGAUUGUGGAUGUUUGCAAUGAUGGCGAGAAGGAAGACAAGCUCCUCCGCCUACUUGAGGAGAUCAUGAGUGAGAAGGAGAACAAGACCAUAAUCUUUACAUUCUGCAUUCUGCGUGUCAUUGAGUCCCCCCACAGUUCCCACCUCACCUCAUUGUCAAUGCCCUCACUCUAGCUGGUCUCUCCUCAGUCCGCAAUCAUCCCUGCGUCCGUCCUCCAACCAGCACCCUCACCCUGUUUCACCAUCCUUCGUCUCAAGCUCCUCUUGAGACACCCCGUCUCUCCCCGUCUCUCGCUUCUCUUUCCAGCCUGUCUCCCACCUCUCUGUCUAUAGGAGGGGCAUCAUUUCUUCUCGCAGUGGCCCUCGCCCCACUCCCAUAAGCCACCAUGCUGGAGAGCAUGUCACGAUGCAACCGCUCCCUGCUCUCCCUGUCCCUGACGUCACUGGCCCUGGCACUGUCCAUCCUGGCCUUCUGCACCUCGUACUGGUGCGAGGGGACCCACAAGGUUGUCAAGCCCCUCUGCCUCUCCCCGGUCAAGUUGAAGAACUGUGGGCAGAACAACAGCCAGCCCUACACCACAGAGAGUCCCACUCUGGACCCCAAGAAACCGGCAAACAACGUCACCUUGUCGCCCCAGGAAAAGGAAGAGCAGGCGAGGCGUCGGAAAAAGGCCCUCGCCAACGCGGUGCACUACAUCUGGGAGACGGGCGAGGACAAGUACAUGCUGCGCUACUUCCACACAGGUUUCUGGUUGUCCUGCGAGGCACACAAUGAGGAGGAGAAGUGCCGAAGCUUCAUUGAAUUGACUCCAGGAGAGACGCAAGGGGUGCUGUGGCUGUCAGUAGUAUCAGAGUUUGCGUACAUAGGCCUGUUGGCCAUGGGCUUUCUCCUCAUGUGGGUGGAGGUGCUGUGUCUCUGUGCCCGUAAGGAGAUGUAUGCUCUCAAGAUCAACGCAUUUGCCGCUAUAUGCACGGUCCUUUCAGGUCUGAUGGGAAUGGUGGCUCAUAUGAUGUACACCACAGUGUUCCAGUUGACUGUGAGCAUUGGGCCAAAAGAUUGGAGACCACAAACCUGGGACUACGGCUGGUCAUUUGCUCUGGCCUGGAUCUCCUUCAGCUGCUGCAUGGCGGCGGCUGUCUUCACCCUCAACUCCUACACCAAGACGCUGAUAGAGAUGAAGCACCGUGCCCGUGUUCGUCUGGAGGAGGCCCGGGCGGCCAUCCAGGCACCCUCCUAUGACGAGGUGCUGCAGGCGGACGGGGGCAUCUACUCAGUCAGCAGCCUGUUCCAGCACUGCCAUCAGGGGGCGUUGAACGACCCCAUGUGUGGGGGAAGGGGGCCGCUGGUGGGCCCGGGGGUUCCAGACCCCAGAGGGCUGGUGGUGAUGGCUGGUGGCUGUGGGACAGAGGGGUGCGAGGACUGCGAGAGGGAGAUGGACGAGAUUGAGGACGCACUAGACAGGGAAGAGAGGGAGGAGAUGGAGAGAGAGGACUGUGAGAGGUGCUGAGGGAAGGGAGGAGGAGGCGUUAAAAAGAGGUGCUGGCCAUCUGAAACUUUUUUUUCUUUUUUUUAACUGUGAAAUGGACUGUUCUCGAUUUCAGUCAUUUCAGUGAUAACUAUUUCAGUACCUCCAUCCAUGCAUUAAAUCUGAGUAGCUAAAGCUCUGUAAAACCAAACACAGAGAGUGAUAUGUAUUGUCCAGGUAGAGGUCAAUAUAGACAAUCACUAAGAAAUGCCUGUCAUUGGCCACAUUUAACAUGUAUAAUAUAGCUCAUGUCUUUAUGUUAACCCUGUUAUUACUAUCCUGAUAUUGAUAUUAACUGUUCAUCAUUGGCGGCAGCGUAGCCUAGUGGUUAGAGUGUUGGACUAGUAACCGAAAGGUUGCAAGAUUGAAUCCCAGAGCUGACAAG